UGGGAUUGGUUCAUUUUUAGCAUCUUAUCCGCUAAUGUUGGAGGUUGAGGUGAAAAUUAAACCCUAUCAUGAUGAUUUGAUUCAGAUUCAGCCACCUGCAAACAAAUGUUGAAAAGGUUGUUCCCAACAACAAAAUUAAUCAAAUCAAAGCCACCCCAUUUCACUAAAAUCCCCACCCAAAUGGAAGUUGAAGUAAAGCUUCGUCUCCCCAAUUCCCAAUCCCACCAAAAGCUCUCAAAUUUCCUUUCCCCAUUCCACACCACCACUUUAAUUCAAGAAAACAUCUUCUUCGACACCCCAACCACCACCCUCGCCGUCUCGAACGCCGCCCUCCGUCUCCGUUUCUACAACCUCGACUCUUACGCCGUCCUUUCACUCAAAUCCAAGCCUGAACUCACUCAAGGCAUUAGUCGAGUCGAAGAACAUGAAGAACCCAUCGACCCAUCAUUGGCUCGGUCUUUUUUGACUGACCCGAAUGGGUUGUUGGGCUUAUCAAACAAAUCCCGGAUAAUGGAAAAGGUAAAAGGUGAAUUUGGGGUUGAUGAAUUGAUUUGUUUGGGAGGGUUUAAGAAUGUGAGAGGGGUUUAUGAUUGGAAAGGAUUGAAAUUGGAAAUUGAUGAAACUGUGUAUGAUUUUGGUGUGUGUUAUGAGAUUGAAUGUGAAAGUAAAGAGCCUGAACGUGAUAAGGAAUUGAUUGAAGGGCUUUUGAUGGAAAAUGGGAUUGAUUUUGUUUACUCUGAUAUUAAUAAGUUUGGUGUUUUUAUGUCUGGGAAGUUGCCCUCAAAAUAAAUUAUGCAUUCUUGUUAAUAAAAUAUGUUGUUUUUAAUCAUAAA